AUGGCCGACGCACGAACUCUACUGCGCCAACAGCGAGCAGCACGGCAGCAGGCGCAAAAGCCCCAGAAGCAGUCGGCCGCGCCCGCAACCGCACCUGUCUCGAAGAAGCGCAAGGCGUCGGAUGAGACGGCGGAAGAGAGGAAACGUACGCGGACUGAGGAGGAAGCGGGCGUACCAGCCGGCUUCUUUGAUGCAGGCGCUACCAAGGAUGAGGAGGAAGUCGCGCCCGAUGCAGCUCCAGCAGCCCCCGAGGACACAGCAGAGACGCAGCCCGCAGAGCCUCCUGUAGCAUCCAAACCACCGCUAGAUGCGGCCGCACAAGCAGAGCUGGACGCCUUUCUGGAGGAGAUGAACGCGGAGAAGCCCGAACCACCACCAUCUGCCAGACCCACAUACUCAGGCGCCGUCAUAGAGGCUGCGCCCAUGACUGCUGCCGAGAUUGCAGCACAGGCACGCGAGGAGCACAGCGCGCAACGGGCGAAACGGGACGAGGAGAUGGAAGGAGAGAAGGAAGACGCAGCGCGGGCGCUUGAAGACGAGUUCGAGGAGAUGGAUGGUCUUGAGGAGAGAGUGAAGAAGCUACGGGAAAAGAGGGAGGCACUGCGAUCCACGUCUCUUCGUUCAGUGGACGUGGUGAACAUUGCACCAGCGGCCCCUAAUGUCGACGAAGACGGAGAGAGCGAGUCCGACGAUGAAGACUGGGAUGACUGGCGUUUCCAUCCUGCUUAA